CAUCGAUGGUCCUUUUGGUUUCUGCUUAUUCCCGGGCAGCCACGCUGACCACCUGUCUCCCGGCGGAGCGUCUUCGUGAAUCGUUUCUUGAUCAGCCUCCGACAGCUCUGCCAGCUAACCGACCCCAGCUCGACGUCGACGACGCAAAGCACAGGCGGGCGUACAAGUGUCGCGCCUGUAACCGAAAUUCUAGGGUUUAUCCGCUGUCGAUUAUAAACUUAUUUGUGCAUAAAUGCUCCGCGUAGUGCGUAGCAUUAUAACGCGCCAAGUCAGGUCAAGCGACUGGUGAACGUCAAAGGACCGCAGUACUUACUUACUUGCGGGUUUCAGCCAUACCCUUAGGCCCACCCUAUUCCUAUUAAUGCCCAUCUUACCUGCCCAUAGAUAUCUCAUGCCAACGAUAAUAUGUCAGUACUAGUGUGUCUGAUGUUAUUGAUUCCA